UUUUAAAAUUAUUUAUUCAUUUUUUGGGAGGCAAAACUUUUUCUCUUCGGUAAUAUUUUAGGAGGCAACGCUUGAGAGCGCGCAGCAAUUGCUCAGCUCAUGUCUUUUAGCUGACAUAUUAAUUUUUUAAAAUUUUUUAUUGCAGAUUGGCUUCCAUGUGAGACUCUGGAAAAAUUGAUACAAAGAGCUUGUGGAAAAUCUUGUAAGUCACCGUUUACAGGGGCCCCCUGUGGAAAUAACGACCAGGUGCCCCUAUUGAUUCUGGUAUACUGACUGGAAAAGAAAAAAACAAAAAAGAAGGCACCAUCAGAACCUUAUGUGAGUCUUACAUUAUUCAUUUAUAAAAAUGUAUUAUUUAACUAAACUUAUAGAAAAAAUAAAAAUAAUAAUUGAUAAUAUGAGAGUUUUAUAUUUAAGAAAAAAAUGAAUAAAUAGUAGUUUUAUUUUUUUGGCCCCCUUUAACGACACUGCAUUUUACACCUUGCAAUCCAAACUCUUUUACAUUGUCUUUCCAACUUAAUUUCUUUUAUCUGUUAGUCCAUUCAUAUAAUUCUUUUUAAUAAAUUUAGCAAGAUCAAUAAUGUAUUCAUCCUAAAGUAAAACAAAAUAGAAAAAACAGUUUAUAUGAAUUGCAUAUGUCUAAUUUCAUCAAUUUCACCUGCUCAAAAUAAAGGAUUAGAAUUAAUUGAUAAGAAGGCAACAUUUUUAUGAUAAAUAAUUGACAAGAAAGCAACAGUUAAGGGGAUAUUGUGAGUUUUUAUAGUAUAGGCCCAAAAUUUUAGUUUAGCUAGUGACAUCCCUGGUUUAUAUUUUAUUUUUAUUUUUUUGUAUAUUAAUGGUUUGAAAUUUGAAUUCGGAAUAAAUGUUAUCGGUACAAAAAAGCAUGCUUUUUGUCACGUAAUUGUAAUUGCCAUGACGCUGGACGUGGUAAAGUUAGUAGCAGAAGGGUUCUAUAAAGAAGCCCUCUGCUUCUACUCCCAAUUAUUCUCUGCUUCUUUGCAUCCUCAAAAUUUCACCUUUCCUCCUCUUCUCAAAGCAUGUGGUAAGCUCUAUUAUUCUCUUCAAGGCCGAAUGCUACAUACCCAGAUCGUUAAAAUGGGUUUUCUGGCUGAUGUUUACUCGGCCACGGCUCUUGGAGACAUGUAUAUGAAACUUCAUCUCAUCGAUGAGGCUCUCAAGGUGUUCGACGAAAUGCCAAACAGAAACUUGGCGUCGAUGAAUGCGGCUGUUUCUGGGUUUUCAAAAAAUGGGUAUUUUAGAGAAGCUCUAUGGGUUGUUAAAAACGGUGGCUUUGAAGGGUUUAGGCCCAAUACGGUCACCAUAGCUAGUUUGUUGCCAGCUUGUGAAAGUGUAGGACAUGGCAUGAUGAUGCAUAGUUGGGCGAUAAAGUUGGGAGUUGAGAAGGAUGUUUUUGUUGCAACCUCGAUUUUGACUGCGUAUAUGAACUGUAAAGAAUUGGUUUUGGCUGAAAAGGUGUUCAGAGAGAUGCCUAAUAAAAAUGUGGUGACCUAUAAUGCUUUCAUUUCAGGGAUCCUGCGGAAUGGGGUUCCACGUCUGGUCCUGGAUGUGUUUAUGCGCAUGAUGCUAGUCUUAGGCGAGAAACCCAAUUCACUUACAUUUGUAUCUGUUCUUUCUGCGUGUGCUAGCCUUUCGUAUAUUCAAUUUGCUAAACAGGUCCAUGGAUUGAUCAUGAAAGUUGAACAGGUGCUCGAUGUUAUGGUUGGAACAACGCUUGUUGACGUGUAUUCCAAAUGUGGUCAUUGGAAGCUGGCAUAUGAUGUUUUUAAAGAACUCAAUGCUAUCAGGAACUUAAUAACCUGGAAUGCAAUGAUCUCAGGAAUGAUGCUGAAUUCCCAGAGUAAGAUUGCUGUUGAACUGUUUAAACAGUUACAAUCUGACGGACUCGAAGCUGAUUCAGCAAUUUGGAAUUCAAUGAUUAGUGGGUUUUCACAACUAGGACAGGGGAUUGAAGCUUUUAAAUACUUUAAGAAAAUGCAAUCGGCUGGCAUGGCGCCAAGUUUAAAAUCUAUCGCAAGUAUAUUACCAGCUUGUUCCGACUUGUCUGCUCUGCAAACUGGAAAAGAAAUCCAUGGUAAAGUAAUUAGGAUUCAUGCUAUGAGUGAUCAGUUCAUUGCCACUGCAAUUAUCGAUAUGUACAUGAAAUGUGGGCGUUCUUCAUUUGCAAGAAGAAUUUUUCAUUGCUUUGGUAGUAAACCAGUUGAUCCAGCAUUUUGGAAUGCCAUGAUAUCUGGGUAUGGAAGAAAUGGAGAUAAUGAAGCAGCAUUUGAAAUUUUUGACAUGAUGAUGGAAGAAAAAGUACAACCAAAUGCAGCAACUUUUGUCAGUAUUCUAUCUGCAUGCAGUCACACCGGUCAGGUUGACAAAGGAUGGGAAAUUUUUAGGAUGAUGAAAUCGGAGUUUGGCCUGAAACCAAGCCCAGAUCAUUUUGGUUGUAUGGUUGACCUUCUGGCUCGAGCAAGCCGUUUGAAUGAAGCCAAGGACUUGAUAGAAGAACUCCCACAGCCUUCUGCAUCUGCUGUUGCUUCUUUACUUGGUGCUUGCAAGUAUAAUUCUGAUUGGAAAAUGGGUGAAGAAAUGGCUAAGAAGCUACUAGAAUUGGAGCCAGAGAAUCCAAUUCCAUACGUCAUUUUAUCCAAUUUGUAUGCUGCGCGAGGAAGGUGGGUGGAUGUUGAAAGGAUUCGAGGGAAUAUUAAUUAUAAAGGAUACAGAAAGCUUCCCGCCGUCAGCUUAUUAGGAGUCGACUUGAAAUGAAGUUCAAA